UAAUUUCUAAUUACUAUACAUCUGUGCACAUGUUCGAGGCAAAUGAAACUUGAAGGGAGCUGCUGCUAACUCCAGAGCCAGCUGCAACAACUUGUAAAAGUGUGGCUAAUCUUUCCUUUAGGGAGAGGAGAAAAGCUUUCUAGCAAAAUGAGUACAUCUUAGUGACACAUUCCAAACCUUUCAUUGUUGGAACUGUUCAAGUUUCUUUACAUUUCAAUCAAACUACUGCAUGUCUCGGUUUCAUAAUGAUCUAUGGUAUCCUGUUGGCGAGUACUUCCGUGUGUUUUUAUACAGCUUUUGGAGCAUUUGCCCAAUACUUUGAGUUGAACCCAGUUGACCUGAUCUUGACACGUGGAACAAUUCACUUCAUCACCCUUUUUAUUGCAAUAUUUUGCACCGGUCAAAGGCUAGAAUUAUCCAGAAGUGUCAUUGGUGGUGGCCUUAUAGCCUUUUUAUGUCAUAGCUUGUACAUUCUGUCGCUACAUUUACUGCCUUUGGGGACAGCAGUGAUUUUCGGCCGUUCCACCGCUCCUUUCACGGCAUUCUUUGCCCGUGUCUUGGCUAAGGAACCAGUUUCAUUGGUUAAAGGAGUUUGUAUUGCCCUCCUCCUCCUUGGGCAACUCUUCAUCAUCCAGCCACCCUUUAUCUUCAGUGAAUUCAACGGAGUUUCAUCCAUGGGUAUUCGAGAAUGCUUUGGGAUUGCUGCUGGUCUUUCUUGCGCCAUCCUGGAAGGCCUGCUACUCGUCUACAUCCGUGUGACCGAGGUGUCUAAAAGCCAGAUACUCCUGAUAGAGGGUGGUUUCAGCAUCUUGGGCGGAUUGGCUAUUGGACCUUGGAUGCCAGAGAGCCAAAUCUUUCACACGACAGUGGAUGAAUUCCCCACGGUCACACUGAAAGUAACAUCAGGAGCCACAUUUGCAGUCACGGGCUUGAUUUUGUGGACGUUUGCGAUUGGUAAAGCUCCGUCAGUUCUUCUCUCCUUGAUUUCAUCAACGGAAUGCGUCACUUCCUUUGGAGUUCAGAUGUUUUUGUUCAAAGAAGCCUUGAAUGUUUUGCAAAUCAUUGGCGUUGUUCUGGUCAUGAUAUCUUUGGUGGUGGCCACAUUUUAUGACAGCCAUUUGGAGACCAAGAAAAAAGACUACAUUAAAAUGGAAGAAAAGACCAUGAAGACCCAACCCUAGUCUAAUAUGCAUCCGAGAUCACCAAUUUUUCUCCUCGAUUACAAUAUGUCAUAAUAAAAACCGACUUUAAGUCUUAAGAAUUGGGAUGCGAAAAAUAUCAAAAAAAAUCAUAAGCGCCCAAACUUCUUUGUAUUCAUGUAAUUGUCGCAACAAGAUAGAGCAGCAAGAAUGAAUAACAAACAUAGUAAUUUAUUUGGGAUAGCAGAUGCAAUUGAAUGACCCUGAAGCAUAUAAUGCCGUUUUCUAAUGUAAAAAUGCUUAAUGUAUUAUCCUCCUUCGUCUGUCCGACUUCGAUACGACAAAAAAAACCUGUUUUUUAAGCAAUUUGAAAACACAUUGACGCAUUCAAUACAAUCAAGCAAAAAUAAGCUCUAUAAUAGAACGCAAUUAUACGUCAAUACCUUGGGCACUUUAUUCAUCAACCCCUCGGUUCUGAAUAUGAAAUGAAACGGCAUUCAGGAAUGUUACUAAGAAAAACUCUUUUGUUGUCGAUCUAUCGAACCCCCUGAAGCCUUCAAAAUUUCGAAUCAGUUCUGUCAUACCCUUUGAUUCACUACUCUUAAACUUGUAAAAAAAAGUAUCCUCAGUGAGACUUGAAACUUUUGUAAUGGUGUCGAAAUGCAAUAUUAAAGGUUUUGCGAUUUUCAAAUAAUCAGUUUCCGUUGUUUUCUCGUUUGGCCGCUCGAGCAAUUAGACAAUGAUUUUUGAAGUCAGUGACUCUAAAGAGAGGAAACGACACGGCUUUCCCCUCACCGCCAACUUAGGCUAUUGCGUUGAAUCAAGACAUUAACUCCAGUAUGAAUGAAACAAGAUUAUCCGUACUGCAUAGUACAUCAAAGUGUUUUUAAUUAA